CAGCUCCGAAACCCAAAGACGCUCCUCAAGAUAUUCCUCAAGCUGGGGUUCUCAAUGCCAGUGGACCAGCUGAUGAACCUCUGCCUCGCCAUAGCCGACGGGAAAGUGUCUCUCGGUACGUUUCACUUUAACGAGGUGGACGUUCUUCACAAGAGGCUUCAGGAUAUCUACGAGGCAGCCCCGCUCAGCAGUCUGCUGGCAGCCCAGUUCCUCAACCACAUGAGCAUCAUUCGUGACAUGUGGGAGAUUCUGGCCCGCCUCUCUCCCUGCGGAGGACCUCUCGUCCUCGCCGUACUCCGUGACAACUCUGUGAGGGAUUUCGUUGUCAGUUUCUCGCCGAUCCUGGGAACUCUGCUGGCGAGGGUGGGGCAGCAGGUGGAGGGCGGGGCACUGGAGGGCGGAGACACUGCCGUGUGCUCCCUCCAGGAGCUGGCUGUGGCUCUCCUGGCCAGCCUCGUGUCUGUCGCCCACUUCCUCUUCUGGCAGAAAGGAGAAGCCACGAGUCUGGAGUGGCUAUGUAGGGAUAUCCACACGGCCUUCUCUGGGAGGAGUCUGUGCUCCAUCAGCAACAGCCCUCUCCUCCUCACCGCACUCCUCAAGGCCUCCUGCUGUCUCCAGGACUACACCACCGCACAGGACUCUCCGUCUCAGAGGCCAUUCCUAUCACCAGGGGGUGCCCCCUCUAAUUUCCUCUCGUCUCCUCGUAGCAAUGGCAGCAGUGGAGCAGUGAGGACACACAGU